AUAUCUGAAAGUUCUGAGUUUACCGGUCGAUACCCUUAAUCAGCUGGAAAUUUGAAUUUAGAAAUACAAAAACAUUUGAAUUGGGCGUCAUUCUGAUUUCAAUUUUUCUUUUGGCAUCUUCUCAAGCUUGCUUUCUCAUUGCAAAAUUAUAAAGCUUGCUUUCUCAUUGCAAAGUUUGCAACCACUGCAAAGCUGAAACAGAGAAACAUGGAGCAGUAUCUCUUCUUGGCCACUCUACUGAUACUAUCUCUCGCCUUCGUCAAGCUCAGGCCACGCAACAAUGGCGAGAACCCGCCUCCGGGGCCAUGGCAGCUGCCGGUCAUCGGCAGCCUGCACCACCUCGCCGGCGCGCUUCCUCACCGCGCGCUGCGUGACCUUGCCACCCGCCACGGCGAGCUCAUGCUGCUCCGGCUCGGCGAGCUCCCCGUCGUCGUGGCGUCGUCGCCCGCCGCGGCGAGGGAGGUGAUGAGGACCCACGACGCCGCCUUCGCCACGCGGCCGCAGACAGCGACGCUCCGCGCGCUCACCCGCGACGGCCUCGGCGUCGCGUUCGCGCCGCAGGGGGAGCACUGGCGCUGCCUCCGCAAGCUCUGCGUCACGGAGCUCCUCGGCGCCCGCCGCGUCCGCUGCCUCCGCCGCGCCCGCGAGGCCGAGGCCGCCGCCCUCGUCGCGUCGCUGUCGACGACGACGCCCGAGCCGGUGAACGUCAGCUCCCUCGUCGCCAGGUACGUGACCGACGCCGUGGUGCGGGCGGUGGUGGGUGACCGGAUCAGUGACCGCGACGCGUUCUUGGAGAGGCUGGAGGAGGGCGUCAAGGUGGCCGCCGGGUUCACCCUCGCCGACGUGUUCCCGUCGUCGCGCCUCGCCCGCGCGCUCAGCGGGACGGCGCGGCGGGCCGAGGCGCACAGCCGCGAGAUGACCCGUCUCAUGGACGGCGUCAUCGAGGAGCACCGCCAGAGGAGGGCCGCCACCGGGUGGCGCGACGAGGAAGACGAGGACCUCCUCGACGUGCUCCUCCGGAUCCAGAAGGAUGGCGGCCUCCAGAUCCCUCUCGACAUGGGCACCAUCCGUGCCAUAAUCAUCGAUCUCUUCAGCGCGGGGAGCGAGACGACGGGGACGACGCUGCAAUGGGCGAUGGCGGAGCUGAUGCGGAACCCGGCGGCGCUCCGCAAGGCGCAGGCGGAGGUGCGCGGCGUCCUCGCCGGGCACUCCCACGUCACGGAGGACGCCCUCCCGGACCUCCACUACCUCCACCUCGUCAUCAAGGAGACGCUCCGCCUCCACGUCGCGGUGCCACUCCUCCUCCCGCGGGAGUGCCAGGAGCCACGCCUCCGCGUGCUCGGCUACGACGUGCCGGAGCGUGCCAUGGUGCUCGUCAACGCGUGGGCGAUCUGCCGCGACACCGCGGUCUGGGGCCCCGACGCCGAGGAGUUCAGGCCGGAGAGGUUCGACGGCGGCGCGGUGGACUUCAAGGGGACGGACUUCGAGUUCGUGCCGUUCGGGGCCGGCCGGAGGAUGUGCCCCGGCGUGGCAUUCGCCGUCGCCAUCAUGGAGCUCGGGCUCGCGAGCCUCCUCUUCCACUUCGACUGGGAGCUCGCCGGAGGCACCGCCGCCGGCGAGCUGGACAUGGCGGAGGGGCUCGGGAUCACGGCGAGGAGGAAGAGCGAUCUGUGGCUGCAUGCUACUGUUAGUGUUCCUGUUCCUAACACGGAGACGAGCUAGAUGAGACGGUUGAUUUCUUUGUCGAAAUUCAAUCAAAUUUCUUGGCUUCGGAUGUACGAACUAAGUUGAAAUUUGUCCUUAUUUUGACUUUCAAAAGAGCACUAGUUUUUUUUAGAAGAUAAGAACACUAGCUUUUGAUGAUUUCAUUACUUAGACCCUUGUAAUUGUGUUUUCUGAGUUGUAUACUCCAUGAGCCUGUAAA